GGGGAGGGCACAGUGUGUCCUUGGGCGGAGAGGGGAGGUGACUCCGGCUGAAAAGGAGGACGCAGAAUGAGGGCCCUGAGGGUCUCCCAGGCGCUGAUCCGCUCCUUCAGCUCCACUGCCCGGAACCGCUUUGAGAACCGAGUGCCAGAAAAACAGAAACUCUUCCAGGCGGACAAUGACCUCCCAGUGCACUUGAAAGGCGGGACAACAGACAACAUCCUGUACCGAGUGACUAUGGCGCUGUGUCUAGGGGGAACUGCCUACAGCUUGUACUGCCUCGGCUGGGCCUCCUUCCCCCACAAAAAGUGAGAUCAAGAAGGCUGAAGGACCUUGGGAACUUGGACAAGCAUCAAUAAAUACUUAAGUGUG